UCAGCCUCAGCGUGCUCAGGUCUCUACUGUAGCGCAUCUCUCUCUCUCUCUCUCUCUCUCUCUCUCUCUCACACACACACACACACACGCGCGCGCGCACGCACGGGACAGGUAUUCAGUGACACUCUGAAAGCACGGGCAGAACGAGAGGAAUAAAAUCAGAUCAGCUUUUUAAAAAAAAAGAAGAAGAAAGAAAAAAAUUCCCAUUGUUGAUUGCUGUAAGAGGGAAUGCCAUCGAUCGAUAUGAAACUGGAACUGGUGACGCUCAUCGCGUGUGACGUGGACGCAGAGGUGUUCACGUGUGACAAAAUGCAGGAGCGAUUCGAGUCACUGUUUCGGAUCUACGACGAGCAAACAUCCUUCCAGAUGUUCAAGAGUUUCCGGAGAGUGCGGAUCAGCUUCAGUACGCCGGAGGCCGCUGCACGCGCUCGCAUCGAGCUUCACGAGUCCGAAUUCAACGGCUCCAAACUCAAACUCUAUUUCGCUCAGGUGCAGAACUCGGGUGAGGAUGUGGACAAGGCGUAUCUGGCCCCGCCCCAACCUGUGAAGCAGUUCCUCAUCUCUCCGCCCUCUUCCCCACCUGUGGGGUGGAGCCAAAGCGAAGAUUCCACCCCCGUCAUCAAUUAUGACCUCCUGUGUGCCGUGGCCAAACUCGGCCCAGGUGAGAAAUACGAGCUGCACGCAGGUACCGAAUCGACUCCCAGCGUGGUCGUGCACGUGUGCGAGAGCGAGACGGAGGAGGAGGACGAGGCCCGGCCCAAAAUGAAAAUCGUCCAGACGCGACGUCCCGACAGUCCCCCGAAAGUCUACAACUAAACCCGCCUCUCUGCACGCGUCCUCUGUCUAAAUCUGUCUCUCUAUCUCAUAUGGAGGCAAAGACACCCUUCAUUUCAGCUCUAAUUAAAUUAAAAAAAAAAAAAAGAAAAAACUUAUAAAAUCGAAAAGAAAUUUAGAGGAAAGAGCGCUUCUCGCUCGCGAUGGGAAAGGACAGACCGAGUUAGUCUUUGACUGGAAGAACUGACACACAGAUACGUCACUGUCUCACAGAAAAGCAAAGGUAGCAUGGGAAAGGUGGGGGUCACGAGACCCCCUGCAAUCCGAGCGCUCACUCACUCAGUCAUUCACUCAUUCACUCACUCACUCACUCACUCGUGUAGUCUCCAAAUAGUGUAGCAUCAGCGGAUCGGUAGAAAAAAACCCUCAAUGUAUUUAAAUGUAGUUGUAGAAGCUGAAGUUUCAUAUCAGACCUGAUUUCUAGCACACGGUAACUGAUCACGGAGGAGCAACACAGAGCGUAUCGGGAGAUGUGUUGGGGUUAUAGUGAGUUCACGUGAUCUGGAAGUGUGUGUGUGUGUGUGUGUGUGUGUGUGUGUGUGUUAAUGAUGCGGAAAAGAGGAAGUCAGAACUUGUACACACUCCACAUGCGGUUGCUGUCUUUUGAAAGAGAUGGAUUUUCAUUUGUUUGUUUGUUUGUUUUUUACUUAUUAUAAACUCUGAAAUGUUUGUUUACUUAA